AUGGAAUUGGCGCUCAGUGACCUGCAGAGGGCAGUCCCCGAGGCAGGGCCCGCCUGGAUGGAGGGCUGUACCACCGAGGGUGCGGGGAGGAGAGACAGAUGGCGAAGAAGUCCCCGCCCCGGGCCUGCUCUCCGGGACACUAGCCCCUCUCGCCAUCUCCCUCCUCCCAGGACCCGGCGGCUCGGAGCGCCUGGGGUCGUGCUCGCGCUUGCCCGCUGCCGGGCCGGAUGCCAGGGCUGGCAGGGCUCCGCGCAGGCGGGCGGGGCGUGCAGGAAGCGCCGCGCGCGCCGGGGCCUCUGGGAACAAGCGGGAGACUCUGGCGGCGACCGGCUCCCGGGCCCGGGCAGCGGCGAUGAACGGAUCCCCUUCCUGAUCCACUGGAGUUGGCCCCUUAAAGGGGAGCGCCCCCUUGGGCCCCCGAGGGCCUUUAUACGCCAUCACGGAAGCUCAGCGGGCAGUGGUCCCCCAUCAGGGAGGCACGGACAGUUGUUCCAGGGCAUCGCUGCAGCUGAAGCUAUCCAGCGGCACCGCCAGAACCUGGCCGAGUGGUUCAGCCGGCUGCCCAGGGAAGAGCGCCAGUUCGGCCCAACCUUUGCACUAGACACGGUCCACGUAGACCCUGUGAUCCGCGAGAGCACCCCUGAUGAGCUGCUUCGCCCACUGGCUGAGCUGGCCCUGGAGCAUCAGCCACCCUCUGCUGGGCUCCCCCCACUGGCCCUGUCUCAACUCUUUGACCCAGAUGCCUGUGGGCACCGCGUGCAGACGGUGGUGCUCUACGGGACAGUGGGCACAGGCAAGAGCACGCUGGUGCGCAAGAUGGUCCUGGACUGGUGUUACGGGCGGCUGCCAGCCUUCAAGCUGCUGAUCCCCUUCUCCUGCGAGGACCUGUCAUCCCUGGGCCCUGCGCCGGCCUCCUUGUGCCAACUUGUGGCCCAGCGCUACACACCCCUGAAGGAGAUUCUGCCUCUGAUGGCCGCUGCUGGUUCCUGCCUGCUCUUUGUGCUCCACGGCUUGGAGCACCUCAACCUUGAUUUCCGGUUGGCAGGCACAGGGCUUUGCAGUGACCCGGAGGAGUCAGAGGCUCCAGCUGCCAUCAUCGUCAACCUGCUACGCAAAUACAUGUUGCCCGAGGCCAGCAUUCUGGUGACCACCCGGCCCUCUGCCAUUGGCCGCAUCCCCAGCAAGUAUGUGGACCGCUAUGGCGAGAUCUGUGGCUUCUCCGAUACCAACCUACAGAAGCUCUACUUCCAGCUCCGCUUCAAACAGCCAGACUGCGGGCACGGAGCUGGGGGGUUCUCAGCCACGCCGGCUCAGCGUGACCACCUGGUGCAGAUGCUCUCCCGGAACCUGGAGGGGCACCACCAGAUCGCCACUGCCUGCUUCCUGCCCUCCUAUUGCUGGCUUGUCUGUGCCACCCUGCACUUCCUGCACGCUCCCACACCAGCUGGCCAGACCCUCACGAGCAUCUACACCAGCUUCCUGCAUCUAAACUUCAGUGGGGAGAUGCUGGACAGCACUGACCCCUCCAAGUUGUCCCUGAUGGCCUAUGCAGCCCGAACCAUGGGCAAGUUGGCCUACGAGGGGGUGUCCUCCCGCAAGACGUACUUCUCUGAAGAGGAUGUCCGUGGCUGCCUGGAAGCUGGCAUCCAGACGGAAGAGGAGUUUCAGCUGCUGCAUGUGUUCCGCCGGGAUGCCCUGAGGUUUUUUCUGGCCCCGAGCGUUGAGCCAGGGCACCUGGGUACCUUCGUGUUCACUGUGCCCGCCAUGCAGGAAUACCUGGCUGCCCUCUACAUUGUGCUGGGUUUGCGGAAGACGACUCUGCAGCGAGUGGGCAAGGAAGUGGCCGAGCUCGUGAGCCGUGUCGGGGAGGAUGUCAGCCUGGUCCUGGGCAUCAUGGCCAAGCUGCUGCCCCUGCGGGCCCUGCCCCUGCUAUUCAACCUGCUCAAGGUGGUUCCACGUGUGUUCGGGCGUGUGGUAGGUAAGAGCCGUGAGACAGUGGCCCAGGCCAUGGUGCUGGAGAUGUUCCGAGAGGAGGACUACUACAAUGACGACGUCCUGGACCAGAUGGGUGCCAGUAUCCUGGGUGUGGAGGGCCCCCGGUGCCGCUCGGACGAGCCCACAGAGGAUGAGGUCUUUGAGCUUUUCCCCAUGUUCAUGGGCGGGCUUCUCUCUGCCCAUAACCGGGUAGUGCUGGCUCAGCUUGGCUGCCCCAUCAAGACCCUGGAUGCCCUGGAGAAUGCCCAGGCCAUCAAGAAGAAGCUGGGCAAGCUGGGCCGGCAGGUGCUGCCCCCCUCGGAGCUCCUUGACCACCUCUUCUUCCACUAUGAGUUCCAGAAUCAGCGCUUCUCCGCCGAGGUGCUCAGCUCCCUGCGCCAGCUCAACCUGGCGGGCGUGCGCAUGACACCCCUCAAGUGCAUGGUGGUGGCAGCUGUACUGGGCAGUGGAAGGCAUGCCCUGGACGAGGUGAACUUCGCCUCCUGCCAACUGGAUCCUGCCGGGCUGCGCACGCUCAGGCCUGUCUUCCUGCGUGCCCGGAAGCUGGGCUUGCAACUCAACAGCCUGGGCCCCGAGGCCUGCAGGGACCUCCGAGACUUGCUGCUGCAUGACCAGUGCCAAGUUACCACCCUGCGGCUGUCCAACAACCCACUGACGGCGGCGGGUGUGGCCCUGCUGGUGGAGGGGCUGGCGGGAAACACCUCGCUGAAACACCUGUCUCUGCUGCACACGGGCCUUGGGGAUGAGGGCCUGGAGCUGCUGGCUGCCCAGCUAGACCGUAACCAGCAGCUACAGGAGCUGAAUGUGGCCUACAACGGCGCUGGCGACACAGCGGCCCUGGCCUUAGCCAAGGCUGCCCGGGAGCACCCUUCCCUGGAGCUGCUGCACCUCUACUUCAACGAGCUGAGCUCAGAGUGCCGCCAGGCCCUGCGGGACCUGGGGAGCACCACUGAGGGUGGUGCCCGGGUCGUGGUGUCGCUGACAGAGGGGACAGCGGUGUCCGAGUACUGGUCAGUGAUCCUGGGUGAAGUCCAGCAGAACCUCAACAGCUGGGAUCGGGGCCGGGUCCGGCGCCACCUGGAGCUUCUGCUGCGGGAUCUGGAAGAUAACCGAGGAGCCACCCUUAAUCCUUGGCGCAAAGCCCAGCUGCUUCGAGUGGAGGGCGAGGUCAGGGCCCUCCUGGAGCAGCUGGGAGGCCCUGGAAGCUGAGACACUGGCAGCAGUGUGUGUCCCCUGGCCCCAAGCCGCUUCUGUCUGUGGCCUCCUAGCUUGCACUACCGCUUCCAGAAAGAUCCCUUCAGGGCUGGAGGCAAAGGAAUGGGCACAGCUGUGCCAGUUGCUCUCCUGGGGCAUGUCCAACCAGUGCUUCCAAGUCUGGGGUUUUCAGGGUCGUGGAACACGCUUCCCCUCCC